UUUUAAAUGUCAUUAUGUGACUUGAGUACCUGAAAUAUACUUUUAUAAUGACCCUUGAAGACAGACCUAUUUUACGAAGACAAAGGGUCCAUAACAAAGUUCCCUCCAAAGAUAAUCUCGACGGAAAUUCUAAUGAUGGAAGCGCAGGUAACAUUGCUAAAAAUGAAUACAUAUUUUCCAGUUCUCCAAGAGCGUUGUACACCAACAGAAAAAUGUACAAAGGUGGAGAUAUACCGUAUGGUAAUGUUAUGUUCGAAAGACGAGUGUUCAGGGGAAGUAAUUUUGGUGUGAGUAAAUGUGAAGGAGAUGGUGAGUCGGCUGCUGCAAGAGCUGCAGAAGCUCAAAGAAGAGCCAAGGCUCGUGCAAGAGCGAAGAAUAUGACAAGAAACAGUCUACGGUUGGGUUCUCCACCAGCAGUAACAGGGAGAAGACAUGAACGAAUACAAACUGAAAACUAUUUAGAAGAAAUAUUUGUAAAUCCCCCCGUCUCAGACGUUUGUACCCAAACGGACCUCUUUUUAGAAAGGCCUGUUUCGCCCUUCUAUGUUCCCGCCAAAACAGGAGCCGAUGUUGAUACGCAAAUUUACCCAGGUGACCUAUUUGAUUUCGAUCUAGAGGUUCAACCCAUAUUGGAAGUGCUGGUGGGAAAAACAGUUGAACAAUCAUUAAUAGAAGUGCUCGAAGAAGAAGAAAUUGCAGCUCUUAAAGAACAGCAAAGAAAAUUCUUGCAAAUCAGAGCUGCUGAAACGGCAGAAGCACUCCGCUUGGAAGAGAGAGAAAAACGAUUGGUUAAAGAAAAAGAGAGAAGAAUGGCUGAGUUGGAAGAAGGUCUUAAGAGCCAAAAAGAAAUGGAAGAACGUAUAGCCGCAGCUGUUCUAAUGCAAGGCUAUAUGGCAAAUCUCCUUCCUUCAGUAUUAGAAGGUCUCGAGUCAGAAGGUUGCCUUGUAGAUACGGUUAAACAAGACUUAGAAGAUUCAUUUAUGCCUUGGUUGUUAAAAGAAGUGACAGUAGAGUUACAAGAAAUGGUUAGCAGUAGAGAUAUUCUUGCAGAUAUAGUAAGAGAGGUUUUAGAAACGCGCGCCGAAAUAUAUACGGCAUUCGAUAAAGACGUUGUUGAGAUCGGUGAAGAAUCCACAGAUCCCAUUCAAGACGAGCUUUUACAGGACCAUAUUAAGUUACAGGAUGAGAUUAGAAAGAAUUUAGAAGAAAAACCAGAAGAUAAUCAAUAACAGUGCAAUUGACAUUUCCUAAAGUUUACAAAACUAUAAAAAAUUUAUAAAUUUAUACAAGUGUUAUAAAUCAAAUAAAUAUAGUUAUUUUGUUUUUGUUAGAA